AUGUUGGCCUCACGCAGGGAGUUUAAAGCCGCGCUCAAAUACAUACAAUGUAAUCAAGAACGCAUUAAAAUGGAAAUGCUGGCUCGGCAUCGUUCCACUUGUAACUUUGUUGAUUUUUGGAAAGAAACCAAAAAGCUUAAUAAUAAAAAUUGUGUACCGGUGAGUGUUGAAGGAGAAAGAAAUAAAAAAAAUAUAGCAAACUUAUUUAAAGAUCAUUUUAAUGUACCUAAUAAGCAAAACAGUGUAAUUAGUAAAUCUAAAAGUAAACUUCAGUCAUCUCGCUCGGAGACUUGCCACGAGACAGUUUCACCCAAACAGAUAGAAUUAAUUCUGAGGUAUAUGAAGCGUGAGGAACUUACCCGUGCGCUGGUAGUUCCUAUCACAAAGAACAAAACGGGAGAUAUCUCGAGCGUGGCUAACUAUAGGCCUAUCUCACUGGCCACGAUAGUGGCCAAGGUGCUUGAACGUGUCAUCCACUCCUACACAAGCGCAGUAGGUAUUGAUGACGGGCAGUUUGGAUUUCGACCACAAGUUUCAACAGACAUGGCUAUAUUCGCCCUAAAGCAGGUUGUCAGCUAUUACAAACAGGGUAACACGACAGUAUAUGGCUGUUUUCUAGAUCUAAGCCGCGCCUUUGACACACUUAAUCACGAUCUAUUGUGGAAGAAGGUACGGGACACAAGUGUCCCGUCUGAGAUUGUUGGCCUCCUCGAGUAUUGGUACCGUAACCAGACCAACAAUGUCAGAUGGGGCAAUGAGCUGUCAGACUGUUAUCAGCUUCCAUGUGGUGUCAGGCAGGGGGGGCUUACAUCUCCUGAUUUGUUUAAUAUCUACAUUAAUGAUCUAAUCGGGGAGCUGAGCAGGACUCCAGUGGGGCUGAGAUCGGGAGAGGUGCCACAAAAUGUCCCCGUCGUUUGUGUUAAUGGGCAGCCUGUCAAGGUAGUGGACAACUUUAAGUACCUUGGCCACAUCGUAACUUCCCGUCUUAAAGAUGACGCAGAUAUCGAACGUCAACGUAGGGCUCUAUGUGUGGUGGGCAACAUGAUUGCUAGGAAAUUUAAAUGCGCAGCGCCUGACGUGAGAAUUACUCUGUUCAAAGCUUUCUGUCAGUCGUUUUACACGUGUCAGCUCUGGACUAACUAUACUAAGAAGUCGCAUGAUGGCAUACGAGUAGCCUACAAUAACGUUUUUCGAAUCCUCAUGGGCCUGAAGCGUUAUUGUAGCGCUUCAGAAAUGUACGCGGAGGCGAGGGUCGACUCAUUCAAUGCCAUACAACGUAAGAGGAUUGCAUCGUUCAUGUCCAGGGUUGAUACGUGUAAUAAUGGCAUUAUUAGAAGUCUGUCCGCUAGGCUGAUGCAGUCAGCAAUGUACCGACGCUGGGUGGAUAUUGCCACC